UAUCCAUUCACAGCUCCCGCUUCGAAAUCAAGGUAGCACAAACAGCUGCAGUUUCUAGAGCCCUCUCUGCCACUCGUGAUCUCCACCAGCCACGAUGCCUGCCCUCGCCAAGCCCGCCUCCCGCCCCGCCAAGACCGCCGCGGCGCCGAAGCCGAAGCCCGCCGCCGCCAAGCCGAAGGCGGCCGCCGCCGGUGCCUCCCACCCGCCCUACUUCGAGAUGAUCAAGGAGGCGAUCUCGGCGCUGAAGGAGAGGACUGGCUCCAGCUCCCACGCCAUCGCCAAGUACAUGGAGGACAAGCACGGCGCGUCGCUGCCGGCCAACUUCAAGAAGAUGCUCUCCAUCCAGCUCCGCGGAUUCGCCGCCAAGGGCAAGCUCGUGAAGGUCAAGGCCUCGUACAAGCUCUCCGACGCCGCCAAGAAGGCCGCCCCCAAGCCGAAGGCCAAGCUCGCCGCCGCCAAGACCGCUGCGCCCAAGCCGACCAAGAAGGACGCCGCCAAGCCCAAGAAGACUGCCGCCGCAGCCAAGCCCAAGAAGGCCGCCGCGGGGACCAAGCGCAAGGCGCCUGAGAAGAAGGUCGUGGCCAAGCCGAAGAAGUCCCCCGCCGCCAAGGCCAAGGCCAAGCCCAAGACCGUCAAGUCCCCCGCCGCCAAGAAGGCCCGGAAGGUCGCCGCAUGAGAUGGGUUGCUUAGGUCGUAGUAGCUCUGAUCGUCGUGUGGCGUUGGUUAGGAGUUGUACAAAUUAAGCGUGUGCCCCCCAAAGUGUCUCUGGUGUGUUCUGUCUUAGGCAAGAUCUAUCUACCAUGGUUUAUUUAGUGUAGCAAAUGGCUAGGCUCCUUGUGAUGCCGACGUAUCCAGUUCUUCCUAUAUAUGAAAUCGACUUGGUUUCCGAAAUUUCUA